AGAUUCUGGGAUGCGGUCCAAGAGCUUAAAUGUGUUCACAGUCGGGAUGUAUCACAUAAGGUGCAGGAGAUAUGGAAUGAAUACCUCGGAUCAGACGCAAACUGUCCCAUAAAUAUCGACUCGAAGUCGUUUGAGAUAUCGAAGAAGAAUAUGGACAGCAAUCCGAACAACCGGUGGAUCUUUGAUGAGGCGGCGGGACAUGUGUACCAACUAAUGAAGAACGACUCAUACCCGCGGUAUCUGCGGUCGGAUAUGUAUAAGGAGUACUUAAACGGUACCAAAAAGAAGUAUUAUAUGAAUGGUUUUGAAAAC